AGGGAUCGUCAUUUAUUUCUUCAUAGCCAUGGCUUUGCUUUACAUUCUGUACUCGAAUCUCCUGCUGAGCAAUGACCGCAAAGAUUGUCCUGAUGUAACCAAUCUCUCCACAAAAAUUGAAGCAGCAGUACCCUUCAACUAUUCCUCCACCACCUCUUCACGAGUUGAAAAAAUUGCAGAGGAAAAGAAAGUAGAGCCUGUACCUGAACCAGCCCCAGGUUACCAUCGAUAUGACUUAGAGCUGAAACACAUUGCUUUCGGGAUCGCAGCUUCCUCAAAUUUGUGGGAUAUCAGAAAAGAGUACAUAAAAGUAUGGUGGAGGCCAAAGGAGACUAGAGGGGUAGUUUGGGUGGAUAAGCAAGUCAGGACCAGGAGAAAUGAAGGGCUGCCUGAGAUUCGGGUUUCUCAGGACACUUCCAAGUUUAAGUACACAAACAAGCAGGGCUCUAGAUCGGCACUGAGGAUUUCAAGGGUUGUUUCGGAGACACUUAAGCUUGGAAUGAAGGAUAUCAGGUGGUUCGUAAUGGGGGAUGAUGAUACAGUUUUUAUUGCGGACAAUGUGGUAAGGGUGCUUUCCAAGUAUGAUCAUACACAGUUUUAUUAUGUUGGGAGUGCAUCAGAGAGUCAUAUUCAGAAUAUAUUUUUUUCAUAUGCUAUGGCAUUUGGAGGGGGUGGAUUUGCAAUAAGCUAUCCAUUGGCAAAAGAAUUGGCAAAGAUGCAGGAUAGGUGCAUCCAGCGAUAUCCAGCAUUGUAUGGCAGUGAUGACAGGAUUCAGGCUUGCAUGGCUGAGCUAGGAGUGCCUCUCACCAGGGAACUUGGCUUCCAUCAGUAUGAUGUGUAUGGAGAACUAUUAGGCCUCCUGGGAGCCCACCCAGUGACUCCAUUGGUAUCACUCCACCACCUAGAUGUAGUGGAACCUAUAUUCCCUGGCAUGAAACGAGCCAGAGCCCUUGCACACCUGCUUGAAGCUGCCAAAGAGGACUCGGCAAGUCUGAUGCAGCAAUCCAUCUGCUAUGACUCGAAACGAUUUUGGUCAAUCUCAGUCUCUUGGGGCUAUGUGGUUCAAAUCUUGAGGGGAGUAAUGUCUCCCAGAGAGCUUGAGAUGCCCACUAGAACUUUUCUUAAUUGGUACCGGAGGGCUGAUUACACUGCUUAUGCAUUUAACACUAGGCCCGUCGAAAGACACCCUUGCCAAAAGCCUUUCGUUUUCUAUAUGAGCAAGAUCAAGUAUGAUCGUGCUAGGAAGCAGACAAUAGGGGUGUAUUAUCGCCAUAAAACACGCAGCCGUUAUUGCCGUUGGAGAAUGGCCUCUCCUGAGAGAAUUUAUUCUGUUGUAGUCCUAAAGAAACGAGAUGAUCUUCGAUGGCAGAAGUCGCCGAGGAGGGAUUGUUGCAGAGUUCUCCCAUCAAGGAAAAAUAAUACAAUGGUUUUAUCGGUAGGAAAUUGCAGAGAGGGUGAGGUUAACGAAUUACAGACGAAAAGAGGAUCUUCAUAGGUCUUUUUCUUUUUCUUUUUUAUCUUC